GAAAAAAAUAUGCAACUGUUAAAGUAAAACUUUGGGCACUUACAUCUAAAAGAAAUAUUAAAAUUUGUAAUGCAGAGGAGUUUGUAAAUAUUAUUAAAGAUUUUUAUGAAUCAGAUAAUGAUGAUUAUAUAGAGUUAGUUGAUUAUAAAGCUGAUAGUUUCAAUAUUAAUAAUUUAUUAGAAGAAAAUAUUUCUAUUGAUAUUGAUAUGAUUUUAAAACUUUUAGUUGCUGUUGAUAAGUUGUCAAUUGAAGAACUUAUCAAUUUUAUACAAGACUGUUUAAUUGGUAGUGAUUUUUUAGAAACACAAUCAUGUAAAAUAUUUAAUUUUAUCAAUACUAAGUCAAUGUUUACAAAACUUAAAAAAAGCAUAUUUGAAACUAUUUGUGAAAAACCAAAAGUUUUAUUUGAUCAUGAUGAAUUUCUUGAUUUGAAAAAAGAUUUUUUAAAAAUAGUUAUUAAACAUGAUGAUCUUGAUAUAAAAGAGAAUGUGAUUUGGAAAUAUUUAAUUAAUGAGGCAUCACUUGAACUUUCUGAGGAACUUGAAUUGUUUUAUAAAACAGAAAAUUUUUUGUUUUUUCAAUAUGCAGUUAUUAGUCUUUAUAAGCAAAGAGCAUUGCAUAUUAGUACUUUAAAGAAUUAUGAUUAUAUCAUUGAAGAUCAUACUAUCAGAGAUGUAAAAAUAUUCAAUAAUUUUGUUAAUAGAGAAGAAGAAAGAGAAUAUGUUGAUAGAAAAGUUAUUAAAACAGAUCAACUUGAAUUUUAUAAAGUUGUUUAUGUUCAAUCAUCUUUUAAGACAACAAAUAGUCGAUGA